UAUUUUUAUUUUCUUGUGUUGCCUAAACAUGGGGUGAUCCCUGGCAGAGAACACGUGGGAGUGGCUGCAUGGAUCAUAAAAGUGAAGAAAGGAAAACGAAAGUAUUACCAACUCCAGAAUGGCGGCUGCCUACCAGUCUGAUGAGGAAAAAGUGCCAAAAAGUGAAAGUGAAUCUGAUGGCAGCGAUGAGUCAGACAGCGAGAGGAGUUCAGAUGGAGAAGAUGUUGAAACUGACUGUCAGCUUUAUGGGAAACAGCCCUGUAAGUAUUAUAACGGCAAAGGCUGUCGGGACGGCAAGAAGUGUCCUUACCUGCACGUCUGUCAGUACGCCCUGACAGGAAGCUGUCGCUACGGGGACAAGUGUAAGCUGAGUCACCCCGGAGAGGGACGAGGGGCCUCCGGGGCCCGAAGCAGAGCCUCAGACCGAUCGACAUCCAGUGAUCCGAAGCUCACUGAUGGACGGUUCUACCAGUGGCAGCUGAACGAUGGGAACGGCUGGCUGGAUAUCAGUAAUGAUCACGUUCUGGAGGCCCAGUACUCUCUACCUCACACCAAGAGUAUUAAAAUCUACAACACGCCAUAUGGGGCGGUGACUAUAGACUUUAACAGGAUGCGAGUUCUUGGGAAGAGUCUGAGAGUGAGGCGUUUGGAUGAUGGGAACUCGGUGUGGAUCUGGUUCUGCUUGUUGAAGCGUAAGUGGAUCAAGUAUGGAGACAAGGAUUCGAAGGGAAACCCGAGUCCUGUGAAGAGCUCCGACAUAGAGCAGAAGUUCCAGAGUAACCCGACCAGCUCCUGCUCCUUCACCAUCGGGGCUCAAACCUUUGACAUUAGAUUCAGAGAAAUGCGACAGGUGACUUCAAAGAAAAAGAGGAAAGUUACUCGUCGUCCACAGUUCAGACAGCAGACAGCAGCAGCAGGAGUCUCUCAGGCGGCUGCAGCGCUGCAGAAUCUGUCUGUGGGAACCAGACCUCAGUGGGAGUUUGAGGGAGAUAAAGGAGCGUGGCACGCCUACAAACACAGAAGCGGCACCAAAACUGAAUGCUCAUUAAGCAGCGACGACAUCGAGAGGCAGUUCAACCAGAACCCUCAGGGCAGCAUGACCUUCAGAGUGACGGGACACGCCUACAAACUGGACUUUGGAGCCAUGAGCCAAACCAACCUCAAAACCAAAAAAUCACGCAAGAUCAGACGUGUGCUGGUGUGACUGUUAAAUCGGAUUUUGAAGGCCUCAACGAGAAACUCUACAAACAGUUGUGCAAUACCAUAUCUAUACAAUCAUUUUAAUCUGAGAUUCAUAUGUUUGGGCUUUUGGAGCUCACUUCUUAAGUGUUUUUUUGCUAUUUUUUAGCUCUACAUAGGCCUCUGGAAAUGUAAGUUUCCAUAAGAAAGGAUUUCAUGAUCAGAUUAAAUUGAGUCACCUUAGAGGAGUGUGCCAAAAGGUUUUGAAGUUUACCGAUUUAUACCUGAAGCUGCCUCAGAUUAUGUUCUCUACUAACCUGCAUGCUGCCAUACCAAAGGAAGCUAUAGCAUAAACAAUCCUGAUUAUUAACCUUUAUCAGGCAAAGAACUAUAUUUGGUAACUUCAGGUAAUAUUUCGAG